AUGGCUGAUACUAUCCGUUCUGCUUUAAUUGAUAAAUAUAACACUAAGCAUGGUCUCUGUAUAUGGCAUAUGCUGAAAAAUGUUAGAUCUAAUAUGACUUCUAAGAUUGGAUCUAAAUAUGAUGGGUUUCAUGCUGAUCUCAUUAAAUAUCUUGAUCAUUGUAUUAAUCAAACAGCUUUUGAGCAAGCACUCGAAGUUCGUGAGGAGGCGGAGCAUAUUUUUGUAUAUAAAGAGCUUGUUUAUCUUUCUUCUGAAUGGAGUGCUAAAGAUACAUACAUGUGUGUAGAAACAGAGAAAAAUAAUGAAUUGCAUUGUUUUGAAUUAUCAUGCUAUGAAAGGCCUGAUAUAUUGUAUUGGAUGUUCUAUAAUGGCUAUAUACUUACUUGUAGCUGCCGUAAUCUUGAAUUUGCUAGAAUAAUUUGCCGCCAUUCUCUUGCAGUAGCAGUUCACCUUUCUCUUGCACAACUUGAUCCAUUUCACUUUCCAAAGUGUUGGCAAAAAGAUCCAUUUGAGCUGGAGCUUGCAAAAAAUUAUAUUAAUUUCUAUAGCUAUUCACAAUCACAGGCCUCAGGCACCUUAAUAUCAUAUGAAUCAUCUAGUGAAUGCGCUUCUCAGCUCUGA